GGCGGCGGCUGCGCGGGCGCGUUGAAGGCCGGCACCAGCAGGCAGCGUUACCGCACACGCAGCCGGUGGAUCGGGGCUUCCUCCGGCGGAGGCCGCUCCCCGCGGGGCGAUGCGGGCCGCCUGGGUGCUGCUGGCGGCGCUGACCGCCCUGUCCGCUUAUUACAUCUACCUGCCGCUGCCCGGCACAGUGUCGGACCCGUGGAAGCUGAUGCUGCUUGAUGCCACCUUCAGAGCGGUGCAGCAGACGUGUCACUUUAUUCACUAUCUGAGACUCAGCCAUCACUUGAUAGUUCUGAAUUAUUUGAUUUGUACGUUUGACAAGCUGAAGUCUGUCUCUUCUGAACCCAUUAACAUUACGGAUGUUGUUUUUGAUGGUGUGGAAGUCAGAGUGUUUGAACCUCCUGCAAAGGAAGAUGAACCCCUGAAGCGCAGCGUUGUUUACAUCCAUGGAGGCGGCUGGGCCUUGGCAAGUGCAAGAACGAGCCUUUAUAACAACCUCUGCAGAGUCAUGGCCGAAUCUCUCAAUGCUGUAAUUGUCUCAAUUGAAUACAGGCUGGUACCAGAGGUGUGCUUCCCUGAGCAAUUCCAUGAUGCUCUUCGUGCUACAAAGCAUUUCUUGCAGCCUGAUGUCUUAGCUGAGUAUUCAGUUGACCCAAAUCGAAUUGCAAUUUCUGGUGAUAGCGCAGGAGGAAAUUUGGCUGCUGCUGUGUGUCAGCAGCUUAGCAAGGAUGAGCAUUUGAUCAUCAGACCAAAACUGCAGGCAUUAAUUUACCCAGUCCUUCAGGCAUUUGACUUCAAUACACCUUCAUAUCAGCAGAAUAUGAAUAUGCCUGUUCUUCCUCGUUAUGUCAUGAUUAACUACUGGAUAGAUUAUUUCAAUGGUAAUUACGACUUGGCUCACUCGCUGCUGAUUAACAAUCACACUGCUCUUGAUGUACAUCAAGCUCUGGCUUUCAGAGGGCGUCUGAAUUGGACAUCUCUACUGCCCUCAUCAUUCAAAAAGAACUACAAGCCUGUAGUACAAACCACAGGCAAUGCUGAAAUAAUCCAGGAGAUACCAGCGCUGCUUGAUGUGCGAGCAGUCCCACUGCUUGCAGAAAAUGAGACUUUGCAGCUGCAGCCAAAGACUUACAUCCUCACUUGUGAGAACGACGUCCUGAGAGAUGACGGGGUGAUGUACGCCAAGCGGCUGGAGAAUGCUGGAGUGGAAGUCACACUUGAUCACUUUGAUGACUGCUUUCAUGGCUGUAUGAUAUUCACGAUUUGGCCUACUGAUUUCUCUGCAGGAGUUCAGACCAGAAACAGCUAUAUAAAGUGGCUGGAUGAAAACCUCUGAGGAGAGAGCUUCUCUGGAAGACACUGCGCUCAGCUCUGGUGUCUGUUCUUGUAAGAGAACAAUCAAUGAAAAAGUGCACUUUUCCAAAUGAUGAUUUCAUCCAUUCAGCUGCAACUGGGUCAGACCACAGACCACUAACUGUAGUGUUUACCUGCUCAAUAGGCCUUUGUAACGUAUUUUUCAGACUUCAGGUUCUUUCCUUCCUUUCAGAUGAUUUGCCAGCUAUAAACAAAUGUUGUACAAGGAGAUCAGCAUUCCUGUCACAUUCUUCACUAGCUAAAACUUUCAGGCUUUCUCUCUUAAUUAGGCAUAAAGGCCACAACUUUAGAAAGGGGCCAGGUAAAGCCAAGCACCUACAUCUACGUCUGAAUACUUAUAAAAAGGGAGAACUAAUUUGCAGCAGUGCUGAGCACUUGUUGAUAGAGAAGAAAAGCACGAGCCCUCUCAUUUCUUACAGCAGAGAUGCACAUUUGAAUUACAGGAAUGGAUUUAGGUGUUGGCUUUUAGGCACGCAGAGAAAUGGUUCUUAAAUUAAAAAUAAUAAGAAUUGCUUUUCUGGGCAGUAAAGAUAAUGCUAAGCAAGUCUCGUAGCCAAACACAUCAUUCAGCCUUGGAAUUCAAUCUUAAUGGACUUUUAGUGGCUUAUAUUUUAUAAAAGCACAGAACAGAAUCUAUUUUCAGUAUUUUAAAUUAAAAAACAUUAUAGCAUAUAUAGAAAUACGAAGACUAAAAUACGUAGCUGCAGAAUCUAGGUUGAUUGUGUGAGCUUCAAAGCUGACUUACUUGGCUAAGAGUAUGACACUGAGUUUUUAAAGCCUCAGUUUUGUGACCUCCUCACAGAAAAUACUGAGCGUGCUAAAAAUAAUCUGCUGUGUGGUUUGCACUAUUGUUUGUAAUUAAUGGUAGAAGUCUUUGUUCAUUGACUUUCUUUUGUUCUAGUAGCAUUUACUGUAUUUCAUGCUUCCAGGAAGGAAGGAAACAGCAAACAGAAGUGGGCUCUAAUCUGCACUGGAGAAUUAAAUUGGAACUUUGCUGCUAUACCUCCUCUGUCUUGUAGACUGAACCUUAAGUGGUAGCUAAGAUGAUUUAGCCACUGUGUAGCACAUCUCUGUGGGCUGAGCCCCUCUUUAAUAUUCAGAGAUGCAGAAUAGCAAAGUGAAACCACUUACGACUGUGUCUAUCUUCAGGAUGUUUGCUGCUUGCAGAAAUGAAGGCUAUAUCAAAACGUUGUGCCCAGUCAAUAGGCAAAGAGAAUGGCUGUCCCGUGACUAAGCUAGGGAUUAAAUUCAUUGUCAGCUUUACUGCUGACUUCCUGUAGGAACCCAGGAGAAAAGCUUAAUCUCCUCGUGCCUCACUUUCUUCCCCUGCCACACUGGGAGUAGUCAUUUCCUACCUCACAAAGGAGUUGUGAAGCCAGAUUCACAGACAUUAGUGAGGCACGGGGGUCCAAUGCUGAAUAGCAGGCACUGAACAGACCCCUCAGCUUUUAACUGUCCAUCAUCGUGUAGCAGCUGGCUCAGAGCACUCUGCCCCACUGCAGGCAACGCUGCUGGGAUGCCCGUCCUCCUUGGAAGGGAACUGAUUUCUAUCCUGCCUUGUGUGAAAGAGCAGGAAGCUGAGGGCUGUUACCUGCUGGGGAAUCAGAACAAAAACAACAUCAUGGGAUUAUUUCUGAAAAGUAAAUCAAUCUGCCCUCUGCGAUUUAAAAUAUAUACAGAACAGUCCACUUUCACUGAUGUAUAACUUAAAUAGGAGAACGGAUUUACUCAAUCGCCAAGUCCUAAAAACACCAGGUUGUUAAGGUUGCAGUAUGUAUUAAGCUGCUAAUGGGACAUGGCCUCCAUGUAGACUCAGUCAUGCAGGCUGAACUAAUUUCUGAACACAGGUUCAUGUGGAGGUCACAAGCCAGAGCUGUUUCAGCAGUGGCCCAGAUUCUUUGUCAAAUUAGAUUGUUACAAGGCUCGGUGGAAUUAGAGCAGCCAAGUGACAAUUCAGAUCAGAAUGAACUUGGGCCUGCAUGUCCCCUUAACACUGCAGAAGUAUUCAAUAUUCUUUUUUAAUAUUCAGUCAUCUGUCUUCCCUUCCUCCCCCCACAGACACAACUCAGUAGAUACAAUUUACGCUUAAAAGAGAUAUCAGAGUUCUGUCCAUUCAUAAAUUACUCAUCUUGAAAUGGAGACUGCACAGUGUCCAUUUCACUGUAUGCAAAUGGCUCCACUUACUUGGUUUCGGACUUAGAAUCAAAAUAUGUUCAAAAUAAAUCAAAAUAAGGUUCUCCUGGCUUUCCCACUUCCCUAUGUCAGAAAAGUUGUAAUUUAUAUUAACUUGCAGUCUUUAAAAGAUAGUAGUUGUAAUACUGGGAAAAAAAUGGUUAAUAUUCUUACCAAUUCUAUGGCAACUCCAUUACCUGAGGGCUGUCUGCAGAGCUUUAGAUCAGCCUUUGUUUAUAGCUAAGUUAUAAAUAUCUGCUAUGAAGUUGUAAUGUAUUCACUGCUGUAUUUUAUUUGAUUUUUUAACUGAAAUGGAGAGCUGGAAUAUCUGUUCCUGGAGUUGGUUGUAUAUUUCCUUCAUGCACUGAAGCACAUUAAGUCUUGGCAUUAAGUCUUGGCACAAGAAGUGGUAGUAAGUAUAUAACUGGAUUGAAUGUAUUUACAAAGUCAACACCAGCUUGACCUGACAUCCAAGAUGGCAGCACAGCUUGGAUGAGAUGUUACAGUAUUAACCAGUUCUGUCUUAUACCCUGAUUGCUUAUGCCCUGCAUCUGCAUGGUUUACUACAUAAUGGCUGCAAAGAUGCAUUGCGUUCCCCAUUGCAUACAAAAAGAGGUAAAUUUACAGCUGUCAAAAGACCUUUUGGUAUGUAGCUGCACAGGACACUUGAUUAAAAUUCAGUGUAAACCUUGAAGUAAGUGUUAGUUGCUUUCUCACCUUUCCUCCUGCUUGGUUUUUGGAAAGUUCAGAGUUGCUUCCAGCUGAACUGCUGCAGUCACCCAAGCAGAGCACUAACAGCACCUUGACAGAGGUCUGGUGCCUGUAAGGAAGAAGUUAAUAUUAAUGCAUGUUAAAAAGCUUUAUUUGUUCAUGUGGUGCUUCAUUCUUUAAUGGUCCUCAUUUGAAAAGAGUCUUACAGUCCUGACGUGUUUCUGUGGAUGUGAGUAGCACCUUCAUUCCUUUAGUUUCACAAAGCAGCUUAGGGCACCUUGCACGAUUUAGGAUCAGACGCAGAAACGCUUCUAACGCUAUUUCACAAGUGUGGUGAAAAAUCUGCUUCUAAAAGUUAACUCAAAAUUUGUUUCAUAACCUUUUCAUUAAACAAUCACAGGUAGCUGCUUUCUAAAGAUGAUUUCCUUCCCCCACUACAAUUAAUGUGACUUCAGUCCUACUUCAUGGCUAUGGAAACUGCAUUAGCAGUUCCCCGGAGGUUUCAGCCAACAUUCACAGAACUAAAUGAAGUUUCUGGUUGUGCAGCUUAGAACCUCUUAAAAAACAGGAGUUGAGCAUUUCUCAAAACCCCAACCAAAAUGAAAAUGUUGUAACAGCACAUAAAAUUCACUAAUAAUACCAAUUUGUAUAUGUGUAUCAAUGGGUAUGUGUCUAAUCUCCCAUUAAACAGUGAGAAACUUUCUCCCAUGUUAGAUUAACCUGACAAGCCUCUUAAGCUGCUCUGAUCUGUAAGCUGGUGUAAUUAGUUCUCUUAUUUAUGACGUUCAGAAACCCAAAGUGCAACAUACCUGAUGUAAAUGUGUUCAGUAACUUACAUGUGACUGUUUGCUUGCUUCUUUCCCCCUGCAGGGCAAAGAUCUUGUAAGAUCUAAUUAGCAAAUGUGAUUCAAACGUGGAACCGAAAUGAAGAAGAAAUAAAGUGAAACGUAUCUGCUGCUUUUCUCAAAA